ACUGUGUUCUGUGCUCGGUGCUCUACAGAGUUGGUGUUUGUAGACGUCGGCUAAAUGUCUGUUGCAGGAACUAAAGUUUCAUUAACUCAUAUUCGGCGGAUAUUUUGGUGAAAUCUCACUGGAUUACGAACAUGUCUAUACUGCCGUUCACACCUCCGAUUGUGAAGAAGCUGCUUGGAUGGAAAAAAGGAGAGCAGAACGGACAAGAAGAGAAAUGGUGUGAAAAGGCGGUGAAGAGUCUCGUGAAAAAGCUCAAGAAGACGGGGCAACUUGACGAACUGGAAAAGGCCAUUACUACCCAGAAUAUAAACACCAAGUGUAUAACCAUACCGAGGUCUCUGGAUGGGCGUCUGCAGGUAUCUCACAGAAAAGGUCUCCCUCAUGUAAUCUACUGCCGACUAUGGCGCUGGCCUGACCUGCAGUCACACCAUGAGCUGCGUGCUAUAGACCAGUGCGAGUUCGCCUUUCACAUGAAGAAGGAUGAGGUGUGCGUUAACCCCUACCAUUACCAGCGUGUGGAGACGCCAGUCCUUCCUCCAGUGCUGGUUCCCCGACACACUGAUAUCCCUGCAGAGUUUCCGCCGCUGGACGACUACAGCCAUUCUAUCCCUGAGAACACCAACUUUCCUGCAGGCAUAGAGCCUCUGAUCAACUACAUACCCGAAACGCCCCCUCCAGGGUAUCUCAGUGAAGACGGUGAAAGCAAUGAUCAGCAGAAUCGCAGCAUGGACACAGGUUCACCAAACUUGUCACCUAACCCUGUUUCCCCUGCAAGUAGCAACCCUGACCUGCAACCGGUAACGUAUUGUGAGUCAGCGUUCUGGUGCUCCAUCUCAUACUACGAGCUAAACCAGCGGGUAGGGGAGAUAUUCCAUGCCUCACAGCCCUCUCUCACUGUGGAUGGGUUCACGGAUCCGUCCAACGCUGAGAGAUUCUGUUUGGGUUUGCUGUCCAAUGUGAACCGUAACACUGCUGUGGAACUCACACGCAGACAUAUUGGUCGGGGAGUGCGGCUGUACUACAUAGGCGGUGAAGUGUUUGCAGAGUGUCUGAGUGACAGUGCCAUCUUUGUCCAAAGUCCUAAUUGCAACCAGCGCUAUGGCUGGCACCCUGCCACCGUGUGUAAGAUUCCUCCAGGCUGUAAUCUAAAGAUCUUCAAUAACCAGGAAUUUGCGGCUCUGUUGGCUCAGUCUGUAAAUCAGGGAUUUGAGGCUGUGUACCAGUUGACCCGCAUGUGCACAAUCCGCAUGAGCUUUGUCAAAGGCUGGGGAGCAGAAUACAGGCGCCAAACUGUAACCAGCACCCCCUGUUGGAUAGAACUACACUUAAACGGCCCCCUGCAAUGGCUAGACAAGGUGCUCACUCAAAUGGGCUCACCUAGCAUCCGCUGCUCCAGCGUGUCAUAGGAGGCACAUCACCACUGGAUUUGCAACCAGGAAACAACCAACCACCUGCAUACUGAAUGAGAAAACACGAGAAGGCUGGGCAGAGACAGACAGACAGACAUGAUCUCAAGUGUUUCCUUAUAGUGUCACUCCACUGCUUGCCGGUCCAGUCAUUUCCACACACAGAGUUUUGAGCACUUUUUAUUAUUGAUAUCUUUACAGCAUGGCUUGUAUAGCUGUGCAUGAUAUGUAGAUUUGUUUUGGCCAUACAAAGAAAGAUAUAUAUAUUUUGGCUUCUUUUUAUUUUAUUUUAUUUUAUUUUAUUUUUUUUAUUUUAAGCCUGGCUUAAAACAUGAACUUACAGAGUUUAAACACUUUAUAUUCAUUGAAGGUGGAUAUGGAUAAAUAACUGAUGAAGUAGAUUUUUAUCAUUCAUCACAUACAUAAAGCUUGCAGUACAUGAAAAGCUGCAACACUGUAAUUUAGAAAGUGAAUUUCUCUCAGGCCCAGCAGUUUGCUGUGCACACGUUUAGGUGCGUGAGAGUUUAAGCCUAGCUGUCGGCUGUUUGAAAGUGAACAGUAGCUGGAUACUGCUCUUAUGGUGUGCUGGUGCUCACAUGCCACAUUGAUUAAACAUGCACUGAGCAGUUCAGCACAGUUUAUAGGAUGGUUCACUGCUGUUAACCUGGUUAAUGUUCUUUUUUUCUUUGGUUAGAAAUCUAGACAUCUCUUUUCAAGAUGAGACAAAAUGCAUCUUGAUACAACAUGCAAUGUCUGAGAUAUAUACACAAUAUCUAUAUCUAUAUCUAUAUAUAUAUAUAUAUAUAUAUAUAUAUAUAUAUAUAUAUAUAUAUAUGCGUGUACAUAUACAUACACAUAAGAUUUAUGUUGUGACUUGGAGCUGUAUUUAGGUGGUACCAUGUAAUUCAGAUGCUACUAAAUUUUUUGUCACUGGUUCCAGGAACAAUUUCCAGCAGGUAUAAAUCAGUGUAAGACUCAAACCCCCCCUACCCCAAAUUUUACCUGAAAAAGAUUUUACAUUUACAAUUUACUGCUGUGCUAGCUGGGAAACAACAAAUUGUGUUUGUAGUGCCCAGCAUCAUGUUUGUUAUUUGGUAUGAAGCUUCUCAAAUAUUCUCUAGAGAGGCAGAUGUCUUGCAGCUGCAGUUGAGUCUUGUGUGGUAAAUCAUGUUUAAAACGAUCCACUGUUGUAUUGCAUCCACAAAAUAGUCGGCACAUGCUUAGGCAUAGAUCCUGUGUUCCACUUUGUUCAUGUUCAGAGCAUGUGAACAGUUUCUGAUUUUCAUUUAUUUAUUUUUUUCCCCUUCGGCUUCUCCCUGUUCAGGGUUGCCACUUUGGUCCACAUUAGAUUUGGCACAGGGUUCUGACAACCCUCCCAGAUUUAUCCAGGCUCAGGAACGGCACUAGAGAUUUAACUCUUCAGUGUCUGGGUUUGUGCCCUGCCCAGAAAUCGACCCUGGGCCGCGGCAAUGAGAUCGAAGGAUCCUUUCCGCUGGACCACCUGGGGGCCAGUUUCUGAUCUUCAUCAAUACAAAAUUAAGCUCAAAGUAAAUAAAGUUAUACACCCAGGACUGAUAGACUGCAUUUGAGUGAUAAGCUACAGCUUUCUCAGUCGUUCUUCAUAGCAAGUUGCAGUGCAGUUUACCUGGAAAAAUUUACACGUGGCUCAGAGGAGUGAAUAUCAUUAACUGUGUUCAUUCGGACAACUUUUGGUUAUGAUGAUUUGUAUCAUAAAUACUGAAAAUGGUGCAUUUUUUAUGGUACUUAGUCCAGUGUAGCACAACCAUUACCAUAUGAAGCACUUGUUUUUCUUACUUUAUCAGUGGCAACAAAGCAUUUAAUUCGACGUGACUGUAUUCAUUGUUUCCAAAAAAAAAAUGGGGGGGGGAAGGAGAUCUUGAGUGUAAUUUUUUCUUUCUGCAUCCUGAGUGCAGUGGUGUAUUUUUGUUGCCCCUUACAGUAUAUUAUGGCAGAGCCUUAUAAGAAUGGCAAUGAGGGUGGCACAGACCCAGUCACAUGACAUUUAUUUUUUAUUUCUUUUGAUCUGCUCCUUUUUUUUCUGCAGCCUAAGCUUUACUAAAGUCUUUAGUGACUGAAAGCCUGAUGAAUCAAGAAACAUUGCAUGCAACAGCUACAGCUAUUCAAGGCAGUAUAUGUAAUAUCAGAGAACCAGGAAAAACAGUAUGAUAUAAAUAGAUCGUUGAUGGAAGGGUUUUUUUUGUUUGUUUUCAAAUUUCUCAACCUUGAAUUUUAAACCCAGGCAGCCUGUGGGUGUGCCGACCCAAGAUCAUCGUCCGUUACUGCUUUUAUCCUUGCACUUGUGUAUAUACGUAGAUAUGAGAGAGUCCCAAUCUUACCUGCAGGAUUGUUCACUCACAUAGCAGAUAAAACUAGCCCAAGAGAAACAUGCAGAUGGAAAAAAAACCCAAAACAACACUUUUAUACUCACUAUACAACUAUACAUAGGCCUUCACAUCCUAUGGGUGCACUGCAGUUAUUCGUGGAGUUAAUUCACUCACCAUAUACCAGUCUGUAUGGCAGAAAACAAACAGCAAAUUCAAACUCAGGACCAUCUGGCCAUGUGAAAGAAAACUGCUUCAUGCACACAUUUAUAUAUAGUCAAUUUUGUGUCACUGCCAGUUAUUAUUGUGUCAAAGAAAAUGGGCGAUCUGUUGUAUAUUGAAGACUACAAAGAUAUUUUUGGAACGAAUGUUAGUGUGAGGAGAACACUGCUGGCAGCUCCUGGUGGGUGCUCACUUUUUUUUACACAGAGGUUGAAAUUGUUUUUUUGAGCCAGGUCCUACGGUGUAUUUCCUUGUAUGUAGUUAUAAGGUUAUGAUUAUAUAAUUACACUGACUUGGUCCUUUUUGAUUAAUUGCAUUGUCUUGCAAUUCUUGGGUCACCAGUAAAGCUCAGCAGUUGUGCUUGGUUUGAGAGCAGGUACACUGCAGACCCUGGCUGCCUCCUGCUGAUAGCUUAGGCAAUCACAUGUUGAAAUAUUGCUCACUCGAUUCCUCUCAAAGCUCUUACAGCUGACUUAUGGAAAAUGAGCCUGUGUCAUCAAUGAAGUCAUAAGGAACUGCAUUUACAGAAUUGUUGAUCCCUGUGGUUUGAUCUUCUCUUACCGAGCCCUAAACUGUGCAUCCAGUGCUGAGGACGCUGCUGGACCUGUAGUGUCAGCAGUGUCCGUUUAGGGUCAUGAUUCUUGUCGAUUUUUUUUUUCAAAUUGAAAUACCGCUUUGUAGUAUCAUGUUCUUAUCCAUACAUAAGCUCAUUAUGUGAUGCAAAUGUAAAUCUCUUGUUUCUGUCUUAUGGUUUCAAUGCUUAAUAAUUACCCCUAUAUAUUUUUCAGAUGUUGCUUCGUUUCCGUUUGCUUUAAAUGCAUUUUUUUUCUCCACUACUGUUCCUGCAUAGAUUUUCCUUACAUUAACUGUUUAGCUAUUAUAUUGCUUAAUUUUGUUAUUCAAAAGAUUUGUAAUAAAAUGUGUAUUUUAAACUGAA